CGUACCACAAAAAAAAUAAAAUAAUAAAAUUAAAUUAAAUUAAAAAAUCAGGAUCCAAAAAGUAAGCACAAUAUUUUAAGAGCCUCAGAUGGACACGUAUGAACAGAAUGUUUCCAGAGUACAACACGGAGCGUAGUAAAAGAAAAAGACUUGAAACUGCACCAUGAAUGAGGGAAGUCAGAUCAAGGAGAACUUCCUAGAAGUCUGUGAGACCAGGGAUCUAGAGGAAGGGGGGCACUGGAAUACGAUGCAGAUAUUUCAGCACAGCAGAGACUAUCCUCACUCCAUUUCUAAUAUGUACCAGAAACCUGGUUGAUUCUGCUGUGGGAGGAUCUGGAAUCAUCCCACUGAGCAUCCCACCAUGAGAGCGAGAGAAUUAUAAGAUGCCCCAUUCUUUCUCCACUCCCAACCCUCCCUCCUCAGAGCAGCACGGGACAUUCCAGACCCUCUCACCACCCCCACCCCCCCUUGCUCCUGUCACGAGGCCCCAAUCCCCCAGAGCUCUUUCAUGUGAUGCUCAGCUGAGACCCCUCUGCCUGUCUCUCCCAGCCCCAGAACAAAAGCCUGGGCUGUGUUCGCCUAUGCCCAUCCCAAAGAGGGGAUGUGGUGCCUCUUUACCCUCUAUCCAAUACAUUCUCUUGCUCCUCACUUUAAAUACCCUAUCCCAAGUGCCUGAGACAUUGCCUAAAAGAGUCUCCCACUCAUUUUACUCCCUUGGAGCCCCCGCUCCAGCUCACUGCCCAGGGGGUCUCAGAAUUAGGGCCACUAAGACCCACUAUUCUCUUGCCCUUCCAAGCAAAUGGAGUUAUUUUCAGGCUGAGUCCCAAAUCUUCAUGUGGGGAGGGAGCUCAGUUGCCCAUGUCCUCACUAAAUCAAAUGGGUGGGAGAUGCCAGAAGCAUUGCUGGUUAUCUCCCAUUAGGGAGGGGAAAACCAGAGCAAGUGUGCAACCCCAAAUUCACACCUGCUCAUGUCCACACACCCCACACUCACCUUCUGUGGCCCCCACAGCCAGAAGAGCACCCAUCACAGCCACAUGGAGAAGGCAUUUUCUCAGCACCAGAUCCAUCCUGUUCUUCUUUCCAGCAACCAAAGGCGCUAGGGCGUGGGACAAGCCCCUAUAUAAGAAACGGAUGCUCAUUUGCAUAGCCCUUCCUCCUCUCCCUGCAGGGGAGGCCUGGGAGGAGCAGGAGGACCUGAGAAAGGCAGAACUGAGGAGGGAUCCUGGUCCCUGGACAUCCCGCUACUCAGUGACAGUUUCUGGUUUCACAGGGUCACGCUCAUCUUAAAGCACUCCAUCCCCCCGUGGAAAGAACUGACUGAAGGGCAGCUACCAAACAAAACACGUACCGGACACACACGAUUCAUCAUGGGAGAGUGGAUCAAUUUAUUGGGUGGUGAAAACGGCGAAUUAGAGAUCAGGAAAUCCCUAUAGACUCAGGACACAGGUAGGAAACUCGAUCCCAAAUCAGAUACUUGGAAAAAGGUGUUCAGCCUCCCCACCUACGUUGAAACUUGUCUUAAUGCCCCUCGGAACCAAACUUGCGCGGGUCGGGGUCGUUUGCAGAGAGGGACGCAGGGCUGGCCCCUCCCUCUCUGACGUUGACCAAUAGGAAGAUCUGAGGGCGGAGCCAGGGAAACGCGGGAAGGAGGGGCGGGGCUUCUGGUGGCGGUAGGGAACUGGGGGAAAGCGGUAACAUUGUUUCAAGUUGGACAAAUUGACAAGAGCGAGAGAUACACUGCGUUCCAUCCCGACCGGGGGCCACGGUACUGGGCCCUGUUUCCCCUCCUCGGCCCCCGAGAGCUGGGUGCCGCUUUCUGCAGGGUUCCCAGGCCCCCGCUCCAGGGCCGGGCUGACCCGACUCGCUAGCGCUUCAUGGAGAACUUCCAAAAAGUGGAAAAGAUCGGAGAGGGCACGUACGGAGUUGUGUACAAAGCCAAAAACAAGGUGACGGGAGAAGUGGUGGCGCUUAAAAAAAUCCGCCUGGACACUGAGACGGAGGGUGUACCCAGUACUGCCAUACGAGAGAUCUCUCUGCUAAAGGAGCUUAACCACCCUAAUAUUGUCAAGCUGCUGGAUGUCAUUCAUACAGAAAACAAACUCUACCUGGUUUUUGAGUUUCUGCACCAGGAUCUCAAGAAAUUCAUGGAUGCCUCUGCUCUCACUGGCAUUCCUCUUCCCCUCAUAAAGAGCUAUCUGUUCCAGCUGCUCCAGGGCCUAGCUUUCUGCCAUUCUCAUCGGGUCCUGCACCGAGACCUCAAACCUCAGAAUCUGCUUAUCAACGCAGAGGGGGCCAUCAAGCUAGCAGACUUUGGACUAGCCAGAGCCUUUGGAGUCCCUGUUCGUACUUACACCCACGAGGUGGUGACUCUGUGGUACCGAGCACCUGAAAUCCUUCUGGGCUGCAAAUACUACUCCACAGCUGUGGACAUCUGGAGCCUGGGCUGCAUCUUUGCUGAGAUGCACCUAGUGUGUACCCAGCACCAUGCUAGGUGCUGUGGGGAACACAGAAGAAAUGGAAGACACAGUCUCUGCCCGCUGUGCUCCUAUCUAGAAGUGGCUGCACCACAAGGAGGGGGGAUGACCGCAGUGUCUACCCCACACCCCGUGACCCGGCGGGCCCUAUUCCCAGGAGAUUCUGAGAUCGACCAACUCUUCCGGAUCUUUCGGACUCUGGGGACCCCAGAUGAGGUGGUUUGGCCAGGAGUUACUUCUAUGCCUGAUUAUAAGCCAAGUUUCCCCAAGUGGGCCAGGCAAGAUUUUAGCAAAGUUGUGCCCCCCCUGGAUGAAGAUGGACGGAGCUUGUUAUCGCAAAUGCUGCACUACGACCCCAACAAGCGGAUUUCAGCAAAGGCAGCUUUGGCUCACCCUUUCUUCCAGGAUGUGACCAAGCCAGUACCUCACCUUCGACUCUGAUGGCUUUCUCAAGCCCCUACUCCCAGUCUCACCCUCUCCUCCAGUGGGGGCAUGAUCUGGCUUGGCCCAGGGCUCUUAGCUCACUGAUCUUGUCUGGCUGCCUUAGCACUCACCUGCCCCUCUUAGCCAGCCAACUCUGGGGAGAGGGGGUGGAGGGGAGAAAUAGGUGAAAUUGAAAGGAAGCAUCAAUAUUACAUGCACUUAAUCUGCACCAUGCUCUCCCCUUCCUCUUAGUCAUUGCUUAGGAGGGCUGGUAUUUAAAAAAAAAAAAGUAAAAAGACUGUUUCUCCUUCCUCCACAUAGGGUUUGCCAUCCCAGUCUCUGAAAGCCCCGCAAUUAUUAUUUUCUGUGUUUCAGGUGACAGAGACCCCAAACCUCCCACAGCCCUGUGUAAGGCCAACUGAUAGCAGGGGCACUAAGUUGGAACUUUUGAAAACCAAGCAAAACAAAAACAUGGCGAGGGGUCUGUUUUAAAGAAUUAGGUUAAAAAAAUAGAUCCAACCAGUUUAUACCCUAGUUUUAGUGCUUCAUCUCACCUAACAGUCUGGGAGACUCAAGACUCCCUGUCUCAGACUCCCAGUCUCUGCAGUCCUGGUGGGACUGCAGUAGAAAUGAUUGCUCCUAGUCUUCUUGCCUGUCCCUCCUACAGGCAAGGGGUGUCUGGGAGGCUCUGGGUCAGGGACUGUGCUUCACCGAGGCCUUAUGAGGCAAGUGAAAGAUGUUUGAAUUUUUCUCUUCUUUUUAAGAUUCUUAGUUCUUCAGGUGCUAGGUUCCAUCUCCCUCUGAAGGCCAGCCCAUAGGAGUGAAAGUUAAGGUUAAGACCUCAUUUUGAGAAUGCUGACACUUUUUUAGGGCUGUGCCUGAGUGGGGACAUUGGGAAAAAAAUAUUCCUUUAAAAGAAGGAUGAACAAUUAUAUUUAUAUUUCAGGUUAUAGCUGUUUUUAAAGUGGGAAUCGGUGGGGAUUUGUUGCCAUGUGCACCUUGGGGUUUGUAAUGCGAAUGUUCAAAAAAAAAAGCUUUUUUUCUUUUUUAUGAUUUUGUCUCUCUUCUCCCACCUUUUGUCCUUGAGUGUUCCUGCUAUUAACAUUAUUUGUAAUUUAGUUUGUAAUUGAUUAAAAAAAAAGUUCCUGGUUUUAUA